AUGAAGAGAGUGGAGAGGCAAACCUUUGAAAACAAGCCGGUGGAGAAGACGAAGAAAGAUGCGAAGCGGAUGUCAGUGGAGAGGAUCUACCAGAAGAAGACGCAGUUGGAGCACAUUUUGCUCCGACCGGACUCCUACGUUGGCUCCGUAGAGCCUGUCACCCAACAAAUGUGGGUGUACGAUAAGGAGGAUGGACUGAACUGCCGUGAUGUGAUGUUUGUGUCUGGGCUUUACAAGAUUUUUGAUGAGAUCCUUGUAAAUGCAGCUGACAAUAAGCAGAGGGACAAGAGCAUGUCCAUCAUCAAGAUCAACAUAGAUGUUGAGAACAAUACCAUCAGUGUGUGGAAUAAUGGGAAGGGUAUCCCUGUGGUGGAGCACAAAGUGGAGAAGGUCUAUGUGCCUGCUCUCAUCUUUGGACAGCUCCUCACCUCCAGUAACUACGAUGAUGACGAGAAGAAAGUCACUGGUGGACGCAAUGGAUAUGGUGCUAAGCUUUGCAACAUCUUUAGCACAAAGUUCACUGUAGAGACUUCCUGUAAAGAGUCAAAGAAGACCUUCAAGCAGACUUGGUACGACAACAUGGGCAGGACAGGAGAUUCCCACAUCAAACCUUUUGAUGGAGAGGAAUACACUUGCAUCACCUUCAUGCCGGACCUCGCCAAGUUUAAAAUGAGCACUCUGGACAAAGACACAGUGGCUCUGAUGACCAGGAGGGCGUACGACAUAGCUGGAUCCUCCAAGGGCGUCCGUGUGUUUUUCAAUGGCAAAAGGCUGCCACUUACAGGUUUCCGUAACUACGUGGACAUGUAUGUGAAGGACCGGGUGGACGAGCUUGGCGCUGCCCUCAUCGUGGUCCACGAGAUUGUCAACGAGCGCUGGGAGGUCUGCCUCACCAUGAGUGAGAAAGGUUUCCAGCAAGUCAGCUUUGUGAACAGUAUCGCUACAACCAAGGGAGGGAGGCACGUUGACUAUGUUGCUGACCAGCUGGUUAGCAAGCUCAUUGAAGUGGUGAAGAAGAAGAACAAAGCUGGGGUGGCCAUCAAGCCUUUCCAGGUGAAGAACCACCUGUGUCUGUUUGUCAAUUGCCUGGUUGAGAACCCGACCUUUGACUCUCAGACCAAAGAGAACAUGACACUGCAGCAGAAGAACUUUGGGUCCACUUGUCCUCUCAGUGACAAGUUUAUUAAACAGGCCACAUCCUGUGGGAUUGUAGAAAGUAUCAUGAACUGGGUGAAGUUCAAGGCCCAGACCCAGCUAAACAAGAAAUGUUCAAGUGUUAAGCACUCAAAAAUCAAAGGGGUGCCUAAACUGGAUGAUGCCAAUAAUGCAGGUGGGAAGGACUCCAUCGGCUGCACGCUGAUCCUUACUGAGGGAGACUCGGCCAAGACACUUGCUGUGUCUGGGCUGGGAGUGAUCGGCAGGGACAACUAUGGCGUCUUCCCUCUCAGAGGAAAAAUGCUCAACGUCCGGGAGGCCACACUCAAGCAAAUCAUGGAGAAUGCAGAGAUCAACAGCAUCAUUAAGAUCAUCGGCCUUCAGUACAAGAAGAACUACAGCAGCCCAGAAUCCCUCAAGAGUCUGCGUUAUGGCAAGAUCAUGAUCAUGACAGAUCAGGAUCAAGAUGGCUCCCACAUUAAGGGCCUUCUAAUCAACUUCAUCCACCAUAACUGGCCGUCACUGCUGCGCCACAACUUCCUGGAGGAGUUCAUCACCCCCAUCAUCAAGGCAUCGCAUAAGAAAACUCAGCUGUAUUUCUACAGUAUCCCUGAAUACCUUGCAUGGAAGGAGAGCCAGCCCAACCACAAAUCUUGGAGAACAAAAUACUACAAAGGUUUGGGAACCAGCACAUCGCAGGAAGCCAAGGAGUACUUCUCUGAUAUGCAGAGACACCGUAUCCCAUUCAAGUACUCUGGAACUGAAGAUGAUGAAGCUAUCACCCUUGCCUUUAGCAAGAAGAAGGUGGACGAGCGUAAAGUGUGGCUGACCAACUUCAUGGUCAACAGGCGUCAGCGCAGGGCUCACAACCUGCCAGAGGAGUACCUGUACAGUCAGUCCACCAAGUCCCUCUCGUACAACGACUUUGUCAACAAGGAGUUGGUACUUUUCUCCAACUCUGACAAUGAGAGGUCCAUCCCCUGCCUGGUGGACGGUAUGUUAAAUGAAAGAACACGCUUGUAA